CACACACACACACACACAGCUGAUGUCAGACUCGAGUCAUGUCGACCCUCCUCAGCACCAUGCAUCAGCACCGUCAUCUUCAUGGCUUUUCUACAGAGAUCUAACUGAUGAUGGAUCUAUUCCGCAGAGGAGAGCUGGGGCUGCUGGGAGGAGAGGGGCUGAGAGAUGAUGUGGCUGUUUCCGGGAUCAGCUGGUCGGCUGAUCGGCUGCCAGAGGACAUGUACCCAGCGUCAGGAUUGGCCCUGGCCGCUGCAUAUCAUGAUAUUAAGACCCGGCUGGCGAGUCUGGAGAGGGAGAACAGCAGCAUCAAGAGGAAGCUGAAACACUACGAGGUCAAGUUUCCUAUGAUCAGUGAGUUUGGAGAGGAACGGAUACUGUGCUGUUCCUGUGAACCCAUCAUCAAGGAUACCAGUGUAAUCCAAUCAGAGACCACCAACCUACAACAGAGGAUCAACUCUCUCACUCAUGAGCUCCAGAAGAGUAAGGAAAGAGAGGAGCGGUUGGAGGAAGUCAUCCAGGCUUAUGAGAAGAUUCACUUGGAGAAAAGCAAUGUCCAGAGAGACCUAGACAAGAUGACGACUCUGGCAGAGCAGCAUGUGGAGCAGAUCUGCAGUCUGGAGUCAGCUGUCAGACAGAGAGAAACUUCCCUUCAGAAACUCAGUGCUCAACUCCGCAGCAAAGACGCACAUCAUUCUCAACUCCACGCCAGCCUGAACGUACCCAGAGAGGGCCGCGGUCCGACGCUGCAGAGCUCCCACAGUCUGGACGCCCUGUCCGACCUGAAGCUGCAGCGCCUGGAGGCCGAGUUGGAGGGGGCAAGGCACCAAGCCGAGGCAGCCGGUCAGAGGGAAAAGGAGCUGAGGGCCGAGUUUCAGAGGCUGCAGCAGGAGGUGGCCCUGCUACAGGAAGCACAAAGACAGCCACGGGACCUGUCCACACACUGUGAGCACUGUGACGUAGAGUGGAUAAAGAAAGCAGGGGAUGAACAGGUGAACCUAGCAUUAGCCUACACAGAGCUAACAGAGGAGUUGGGUCGUGUUCGCAAUUUGGCUGUGAAACAGAGUGACAUCCUGCGACUCGUCUCACAGGAGCCUGUAUCUCGUCUUACCGCUACUCCUCAGCGUCUCUCCCCAACCUCCUCCCAGCGCCCCUCCCUUUCCCCUGACCGGCACCUCCCCACCCCCUCUCCUCCUCUCUCCCCAAGCAAUGGCCCCGCCUCUUACUCCCACCAGCCAACCUGCAGCCGUCUACGAGCAAAGUUCCAGGGUCGCCGUAGUUACUCGGAGGUAUCUGACCCGUCAGGUAUUCAUAGACCCCGAGCUCAGCUGAUGAGAGAUCCAGUAUCCACCCUCCCCAAACCCAGGCCCCUCCUUGGGGAGAUGCAGGGUUACGGCCAAACCAAAUCUCAGCUACGUACCUCCUUGGUUGGCCUGGUCAGACCGGCCUCGGCUCAUGGAGCUGGAGGGGAGAGAGGAGGAGGCGGGGGAGGAGAGAGAUGUGGUGGUAGCAGUCUGAGCAGCAGUCCACGUCACUGUGCUCUGGACCUGGGCUUCCCUCUGGCUGCUGAGGUACAUCACUUCUGUCGCCUUGAUGACCCGCCUGAGCCCACCCCACUGGUGACACCCCCACAGUCCUCUGAUGAUGAAGAGGAUGUAUGUUCGUAUCUAUCGCCGCCUGCCAGCCCGCCUCGGACGCUUGGCGCAAUUGGGAUCGGCUCAUCAUCGCCUAGGGAGCAGCCCCUACACCCCUCAUUCCCAUCUCCUAGGAAACAGCCCCACCAUCCAUCCUUCUCAUCUCCUGAGGGCCCUGCCACCCUGUCCUGCCAUCUGCCUCCUUACAUGAACACUGAACAUGCUCAGUCGUGGCCCUCCAUUAACCUAUGGAUGGAGUCAGAAGAGAGUGCUGUUCGUAGCUGUCCUCUGUGUCAGCUGACCUUCCCAACUGGUUACCCUGACGACGCCCUCAUCAAACACAUUGACUCCCAUUUGGAGAACAGCAAGAUCUGACUUUUUUUAUGUCGAGCAUUUUACUUCCAUGUCAUCGAAGAUGGACACCAGAACCAUCUUGAUGGUUUACUAUUUAGGUUUUAACCAGGUAUGGUUUGAUAAGCCUGCAUGCUUAUUUCUAUGGAACUUACCUCUCUGACAAAGCUCCAUAUCAACAAUUCUGUAUCAAAAUGUGUUUUUCUUUUACAACCAAACACUUAAUUUGCACAUAGACCCAAUUGCUAAAGAAAUAGCAGAUGUAGAAAGACAACAGGGUUGUAUUUCUGAACACAGAGACAGGAGCCCUGGAGGCAGAAGCCGUGCUGGAAACAUCUGACAGAUUCAGAGGUUAAAGAAAGGCUGAAUAAAUAAUAUGGCUAGUAAAAUGAUAGAAGGAUAGAAGUCCGGACAAUGAUGAGAGUAUAAGAGGCCAAUCCACUAGCUAGUGGAGUUAAAAAACAAACUAUGUCUAAACUUGAGUGUAAAAUGCUCCAGUGGUAAAUAUACUUUAAUGGAAAAAUUAGGAAAUACAGCAAAAAAGCAGCUACUGCCAUAUCUCAGUGUGGUAAUGAAAGUGCAUACCAAUACACUACACACUUUAUUUUUAUUUUCAUUGUAAAAUGUUUUUUCCUCAUAAUUGUUACUUUUUAUCUUCUCAUUAUGACUUAGUAUUUUAUGAUUAUGGGAAAGAAUUAUGAGAUAUCUAAUUCAUUGUUGUCAUUCAUCAUCAUUUCAUUGUCUUUAAAUUGCUUUUUCCUAUUAUUAUUAUUAUUAUUAUUAUUAUUAUUAGUACUAAGUGAGAAAAGUUCUGACCUUUCUGUAACACAUAAUUAUGAAAAACUUUGUCAGUUUAACUCUUACGAUUAAGAGGUAGUAGCUUUAAUUAUAAGUAUUAUCAUGUUAUAAUGAUUUUUUAAAGGUUAUGAAACUAUAACAUAAUUAUUAAUAUAUUACUUAAUUCUGACUUGAUAUUUCAUAAUUAUGGGAACAUUUCUUAUAGUUAGUUGAAAAAGGAGGUUGCACUUACAAUAAAGAUUCUUGUUGGUGGGCGUGAACCCAAAAUCCAAUAGGCAUGUUCCAAAAAUUAAAGAAAAGGUAGCACAUCUCAGGUUCCCAAGUUAAGGAGGAAAAAUACUCUUUUCUUAUAAAUAUGAGUCUCAUCAUUUUCAAAUAAAUAUUUGAUAGAAUCUUUAUUACCUCGUAGUGAUGGCAUAUCUCAUAUGAAUUAAUAUAUUGUCAUUAUUUGAAACUAUCCAAUUUAUUACAUUUAAUCACAUUAUUAGAGGUAAGAAUUCGUUUUUCAUACUCAUACAUGAAAUUUCUAAGUUCUGUCGAUCUAUAGAAAUACAUUUGCAAGAACAUGUUUCACAAUCCAGUUUGACUUUACAUUUCACAGCAGAACCAUCCUACACUCACAGAAGUUUUUCUAUUUUGUUUUUGGAGAAACGCAUCUCCACAGGUUAUUCAUGGCAAAAAGACAGUAAAGCCAUAAGAAAUAUGACAGAUGUCAUCACUUCUGUCGCAUCUGGGCUACUGCAAAAAAGACCCAUGUUAAGAAAGUGUGGGCAGAUAAUUGACGGACUGAAACUGAUCUUAUGACUCUUAGCUGUUAUUGUUUCAAGGAUGAAAGCCAAACUCAUUUAGCAGAAGAAGUAAGAGAUCUAUUAUACUUUUGACUCAUUCAGGUAGAUUUACAGUGUGAUGAGCAGCAGGUCAAAGGUUCAAGGUCUUGCUCAAAGACACAUCCCCAGAACCCUUGGUUGUGUCUGGACACACACUUGGCUGUUGAAUCCAAAGGCAACAUGUAAAUCUGUUGUAACUGUCAGGCUGCCUUGAGCUAAAUGCUAACGUCAGCAAUGCUCAUAACAACAAGUUCUGUAUGGAAACUGUUGGUUAUUCACAGUAAAAGGGGGCAUGGUUUCUGAGGGACAUAGCUGCUGUUGAUUUAUUUCUGACCUCCAUUGCAUUGGGGUGAAGGCAGAAAUCUCUGAGACAGCUAUUAGAUAAUGUUCCCAAAGGAUUUUCUUUUUUUUAGGUUGCAAUCUUAACAUGGCUGUGUGACUCAAACCACACAGACCACUGUCCUUU